CUGGGCUAGCCUAUCGCUUUUAAGCCUCUGUACUUAGCACUGGAAACAUGACACAAAGCCAGCAUUCUGUGAGUUACACAGUCCAUUGGCCCACUUGUUAGUCUUCAUGCCCGAGUAGAGGCAGGUAUUCUCAGGAAAAGGUUCUGAAGGCUCCAAGAAUUUUGGUUUGGGGUAAUGAUACACAUAUAAAGCUCCCUCAGCUGGAGUUCUUUGGAACUUCAUAUUGAUAACCAGAGCAUGAACAGCAAAAGGCUCAAGGUAAAUAUCUUUGAAUUCAAGCCAGGACCCAUUAACUGGACAUGCUGUUACCUUGGUGAUAGUGGCAGUGAAAGCUUGGAGGUCUGCUCUGUUCAAUUUACAUGACCUUUUACUGGUAAGGUCACUUGCAUCUGCACAUGCUAUGGCACAGAUGGACAUGGUCAGAACACUGUUUGGAGGCUGAAGCCUAUCAUUAGCUCAGUGGAUCUUUACCAUCCAUGACUAUUAAGAUUAGCCAGGGCUGAACUUUUAGUAUGGACCUCUGAGAUGACCAAUGCAUUUUCAAGGAGGAGUAUGAAUUUUACUGUCCUGAGGAAGACAUUUGUAGAGACUAAUUCAAUCUUUCCCAAUAUUUGGUUUUAAAAAGUGAAAUUUUAAAAAUGAAAAUUACCCCAAACAACAAUGUCCGUGCUCUGCUUUUUUAAAGAAUGACACCAUCAAUUAGUAAUACUAAUACCCAACUUAUCUGGAGGACACCAGGUUGGAAAAUACUGUUCUAAAUUUAAGGGGCAAGAAAUGAUGCAGAUAAUCAGAAAGGAAGGGUGAAGCCCAAAGCAACUGAUGGUCUGUUGGCUGUCUCUGCAUUCUGCUCCUGUGACCAUUCUUGUUUUGUCUUGGCUACAAUCUGUGCUUUGCUUGCUUUCAGGUUCCUUCUCUUGUUUAGGCAAUGGGCAGAGAUGAUGUGGAGCAAGGGCAACUGCCUGAGAAAAUGAAGCCUCCGGAUGGUGGCUGGGGCUGGAUCAUAUUACUAGGCUGCUUCAUCAUCACUGGCUUUUCUUAUGCUUUUCCAAAGGCAGUGAGCAUUUAUUUCAAGGACCUGAUGCAUGAUUUCCAUGUGGGAUAUAGUGAUACCGCUUGGAUCUCAUCCAUCAUGCUGGCUAUGCUGUAUGGAACAGGACCUGUGAGCAGCAUUAUGGUGAACCAGUUUGGAUGUCGGCCUGUGAUGCUUGCGGGGGGCCUCCUGGCUUCCUCUGGAAUGAUUCUGGCCUCCUUCACCACCAACAUUAUUGAACUGUAUUUGUCUGCUGGAGUGCUGACAGGGUUAGGAAUGGCUCUCAAUUUCCAGCCUUCUUUGAUUAUGUUAGGAUCCUACUUUGACAAGCGUAGACCACUAGCCAAUGGGCUAGCUGCAGCUGGAAGCCCAGUCUUCCUUUCAGCCCUAUCUCCACUGGGUCAAGUCUUGCUGGAAAAGUUUGGCUGGCGAGGGGGAUUCCUCAUCAUGGGGGGCCUCCUCCUAAAUUGCUGCACGUGUGGAGCACUCAUGAGGCCCUUGGCAAUUGGCAUUAAGAAGACAAGGGAAAAAGUCAUGGACACAUAUGAAACUAAAGAGAUGUUGCCAAUGGGGGGAAGAGCAGAAGAGGUAGCCAGCACCAUGGACAAUGCUAAGAAAUCCAAGAAACCCAAGAAGAAAAAGGCCAAGAAAAUGAAAAAGUUAUUAAAUUUUUCUAUCCUCAAAAGCCGGGGUUUUAUCAUUUACACCAUUGCCAAGUUCAUAAUGGUUUUGGGCCUCUUUGUGCCCCCAAUCCUACUGGUCAACUAUGCCAAAGACAUAGGAGUGCCUGACAAAGAGGCAGCAUUUCUCUUGUCCAUCAUUGGCUUCAUAGAUAUCUUUGCCCGUCCAUCCUGUGGGAUGCUUGCUGGGCUGAAGUGGAUACGGCCCCAUGUAACCUACUUGUUCAGUUUUGCCAUGCUCUUCAAUGGCCUGACUGAUAUCUUUAGUGCCAGGGCCAGCACCUAUACAUCGCUUGUCAUCUUCUGUGUUUUCUUUGGUAUUUCCUAUGGAAUGGUGGGAGCUCUGCAGUUUGAAGUGCUCAUGACUAUCAUUGGAUCACAGAAAUUCUCCAGUGCAAUCGGGCUUAGCUUGCUCAUUGAGGCCCUUGCUGUACUCAUUGGACCACCCUCGGCAGGACGACUGGUGGAUGCACUCAAGAAAUAUGAGAUUAUAUUCUAUCUGGCUGGCUCAGAAAUUGUGUUGUCUGCUCUCUUCCUGGCUGUUGCUUCAUACUGCUGCCUGAGCAUGGAGAAAGAAACUACCUCUCAGCCAGAAAAUCCUUCUGUAGUUGGAGGUAGCAGUGAAAUGGAAGAAGCAGAAGCAGUUCUACAGGAAGCAAAGGAUAGCCUUGACAAUGACCAACAUCUGACCCACAGUGCUGACAGUGUUGAGGUGACCGAGUGAAUCAUAUUGCAAAAUACAAAAAUGUUGGACAGCCAAAAGGGGAGAAUAUAGCUCUGGUCCCAGAUGGCUGCCGUAUUGAUCGCACAGAGAAAGGAGAAUUUUAGCAAUGUAGAGAUCCAUCUGGGGUAAACAGAGACACAGUGACAUCAGCACAUGGGAUCUGAUUUGCUUGAGGAUAUGAAAAGAAUAAAUCCUUGAAUGGUAUGAGGGCAGGGAGAGAAUCCUGAGGAAGUUUUUUUAAAAUAUAUAUACAUAUAGUCAGAAUGGUACUGUAAACAAAGUGAUAUGGAAUCCAGACCAUAGUAUACCUCUCCCAUGGAUAAAGAAUUGCAUAAUUCUCUUUGAUAUUCCAUGGGUUUGCACUCAUGCAUAGAUCAACACUGACAUUAGCGACUGCUAAUUCAACAUAACAUCUAUCCAUCUACCUCUACAGUUCUAGUGCUCAGCAAAACAAAACCAUGUGAUUAUUCUAGCUUGUACAUGUGUUUACUUGUAAUAUCAAAGAGGUAGGAUGGAAGAAUCCUCAUAGCUAGGAUUGAAGAAGGAACAGUGUUACAGGCUGGCAAGCAGUAUGUUUCAUUUUAAAAGUGUGACCUGAUAUCACAUCCUCAUUUACUGAUAGUAAGAAGAUGCUUGCAUUUCUCUUGGUCAGCGUCAGCAGCUUUUAUCCCUUCUAAAUUAGCAUUAGGUGACAGAUGGGUUGGCCAGACUGUAAAUUUUAGAAUAUGCCUGUUCAAUAAACAUGACAGGAAACUAGAAACAAUUUUUAGCUAUGCCUUGAAUAGGAGAUAGUCUAAUGGUGCUACUGAAAUUACAGUUUUUGUAUGCCUAGUGCAAAUAUAUCAGAUAUGCUAUGGCUCAACACUCAAACCAAACUUGUAAACUGUGAGUGCCUAUCUUUUGUGGGAAAGAUCUGCUACUAGAAGCUAAGAAACAAUCAUCAUCAUCGUCAUCAUCUAGGUCCUCAUUGGACUGUAUUCAACUGUAUGACCUAGGACUUGGGGGCAGAGGUUUAAAGCCAAAGUAAACGCACAAAUUUAUUACUCACAAUUUGUCAACAGAGAUCAUAGGACUUGUAUCCUAAUAUAUUUUUAAAGUAGUAAAACUAUAAGCAUAUGUGACCAGUAUGUGACUGAAAGUCAAAUUAUGCCAUAAAUAUUUAUCUUAUUAACAGGCCAAGUUUUUGUAUGUGGUUAGCUUCCAUUCUGCUGGAAAAAUUAGUCUUGGGAGCUUUAAAAGCCUAAACACACCCAGAAGGAUCCAAUUUAAAAAAACACCUUAUCUAAUCCACGUGUUGCUCACAUAUUAAACCUAUAAGUUAUUUAUACAUAUAUGUAUAUUAUACAGUCUCAGCUGUCUUAGAUUAAGGGCCAUGGACUGGCUAGGCUGAGAUUUCUGUGGCUUUUGGGAUGCGAAUUUGGAAGACAAGAGAUUUUUUUUUAAGUUUAUUGUUUUUUAUAGUUUGAAUUUUAUAGAUGCUUUUAAUGUGUUAUUGCAGGCAUUGUAGGACAGCCAUGUUAGUCUAUGUUUGCAAGAAAUCAGGGGCAUUGCCGCCUGGUAGCACCUUUUCCAACUAACAAAUUAUUAAAAGCCAUAAGUUUUUGUGAGCUGCAGCUGAGUUCAUCAGAUGCACAGAACAGCAAGAUUGAUGUACUGUCAGGUCCAGAAAUAUUGGGACAUCGACACAAUUCUAACAUCUUUGGCUCUA